AUCAGAAUCAAGUGUUUUGUCCAGAUUCGAUAUCUCUGUAUAUUUGUGAAGGACUGCACACGUUUACUGUACAUUUUUUUAAAUUAUUGAAUGCUACAACAGUCUAUAUCAUUAUUAACAUUAGUUAACAACGAAAAUAAACAAAAAUUACCUAGAAAUAUUUUUGUUAUUAGUUUAAUAUCUAAUAUACAAAUGCAAUAGUAAAAACAAUUGUUUUUCUCUUUCACCAUGGAUUCAGAUCUUUCUGUUCCUGACUGCCCUAUGGCGGAAAUCGUGACUGAUGUUAAUGUACAAAAUAUGCAAACUGAUGGACACACUCCAGUUAAUGAAAAACAAAACCCACAACGAGGGAAUACGAAGCUUUUAACAAGUGGAACACCUAAGCCUCAUUCCAUAGAAAAUGUGCCAUCAACUCCACAAAUUUCAGGAGAUAUAACUUUGACACCAACACAUCGAACAUUCACUCCACAAACUCCAUCUGUGAAUCCACAUAAUUCUAUGAGUGCCAUUACCCCAAUGGCAAGUGCAGUUAAUCAAGCAAAAAAUAGUAUAAAAUUUCAAAAUUGUAUUUCUACAGUAAGUUUAGAUUGUGAACUGAAUUUGUUAGACAUAUACUGUAGAACAAGGUUUUCAGAAUACAACCCUGCUAGAUUUAAUGGAGUCGUUAUGAAGAUUUUGGAACCGCGAGCCACAGCCCUAGUAUUUAGAUCUGGUAAAAUAGUCUGUACGGGAGCCAAAAAUGGACAUGACUCAUAUAUCGCAGCUAGAAAAUUUGCAAGAAUUAUUCAGAAACUUGGUUUUCCGGUGAAAUUUGUUGAUUUCAAAGUUCUUAAUUUUCUAGCAACAGCGGAUUUAAGAUUUCCCAUAAAACUGGAAGCGCUACAGCAAGCUCACGGUCAGUUCACUUCAUAUGAACCGGAACUUUUCUCUGGCCUCGUUUAUAGAAUGAUACGACCAAGGGUUGUGUUGCUAAUAUUUGUUAAUGGAAAAAUGGUUAUAACAGGCGCUAAAACUAAUCAAGAAGUUUAUGAAGCAGUUGACAUAAUACACCCCAUUUUAAGAAGUUACAAGAAAAAUUGACAUUGUUUUCAAUAUUUAUUAUACU